AGCAGGUUAAUAUCGAUUUAUCGAUAAUUAUCAGAGCUGUAGAUAGGGGUCUAAAUAAAAACUAUUAAAAAACUACUCAAUAUAUUUUAAAUAUUUCCAUAUUAUUAAGUAUUAAUCCGGGAUAUGAAUAUAAUUUUAUAAGAAACCCUUUUAGAACUUUCACUCCGCCCAUGUAUACAGCUGAUCUGGACAUAAACAAACCUGGUGGAUUUGUUUUCAGUUUGUUGUAUUCAGUUUUUCACUUAAAAUGGAGACUUGCGGGCUUAUUUACGUUAGUAAUGACUACGAAAAGUUCCUAAUGCGAUGCUCCUUCUGUCCCAAGGACGUGGAGAUGGCCCAGUGGCAGCAGUUUGUUCUCCACUUCAGGAACAUGCACACGCCCCCGGAAAGUGAAAAAUAUGAAGAAGUCAUCAGAGAAGAUCUGGCUAUGGCCGAGAAAUCUGCUGCCGAAGAAGCGAUAGAAACAAAUCUUUCGGCGAAAGAGGAACAACUUAAUGUAGAGCUGGAAAUCGAGACAGUUGAGUCCUUGCUUAGCGAUUCUGAGGAGUCUGGUGGGUCUGAUCAGGAAGAUGAACUAGAACCCGGCCAGGAGAAAGAAUCAGGGGAACAUCCUUCAGAUGAUGUUACUGUUCUAAGUACACCUAUAUACAAGUUCCAACCGUCCUUCUUUCGAAGAGACCCACGAACACCCAAGUUCAUUGAGAUCUACAAGGCAUAUCCAUGCCUCUGGAAUCCGAGUCACAGCAAAUACAAAGAGCCCAGUGCCUGCCAGGAAGCCCUUAAACAGAUGAUCGUUGAACUGGAGUCAAAGGUUGCUGUCUUCCUUAACGAAAGAAGCCUUAGGGCGGCCAUUAAGAAGAUUCAUCAACAGUACAACACGCUCAACAAGCGAGUGCUCUCUGGCAACCAGAAACAACAUUCAUUAGCCUUCACCAACUACACUCUAUGCAGUUUUCUUAAGGCCACUAAGGAUUAUGACCUAUCUAAAAGAAAGGAAAAAAUUCAGCUGGAUUUCUCAAAGAAGAACAAGCUGACCACAGAGUUGAUAGAGCUGUAUGCCAAUUUUCCGCAACUAUACGAUCCUUCGCACAAGGAGUUCUCCAACAUGCAUUCCCGCAAACAGGCCUAUGAAAGCUUGGCCGCUGAAAUUACAAUCCCCAAUACAGAUAUCAACAGCGAUGACAUCUACCGAGCAAUCCAAAAUCUGAGACAAUGGUAUUACAAAAGUACCAAGCACGCCAUAAAUGCUGGGAAAGGCGCUGAGAAGUUUUACCAGGACGUGUGCCGGUUUAUGCCCCCCAAAAUGUUUAAGCAGCGUCUCGUCUGCGAGAUCUGUCAGCAAGUGACCUACUCUGAUCACGUCCUUCAAUCACACAUCUUUAAAGCCCACAAAAUCGGUGACCUGCCAUUCAAAUGUACCCUGUGCGAGCGCAGCUUUAUAGGACGCGUAGAACUUGCCAAUCAUACCCAGAGAGUUCACAUUGGCAAAACGCUUAAAUGUGACCAUUGUGAGCGGACUUUUGCGGUGUUCGCCGAUUUGGAGCUUCACAUUCGCACCCACACGGGGCAUAAGCCUUAUGUCUGUGAGCAAUGUGGAAAAGCCUUUCGCCUGCGUUCCCAAAUGAAGCUCCAUGUUACUGCCAUCCACACCAAGAUUAGAGCCUUCAAGUGCGAUAUGUGUCCCAAGGACUUUGUGAAAAAGGUCGACCUAACAGAUCACAUCAAGAGCCACCUCAACAUUCGCGACAAGAUUUGCAACGACUGCGGCAAGGGUUUCACCAGCUGUCAUUCCCUCAUCCGCCAUCGUCAGAUUCACUCCGAGGUGAAGAAGUUUGUGUGCAAACUCUGCGAGGCUAGGUUUUCCCAGUUUGUUGGAUUAAAUUCACAUAUGAAGCGUACCCACAAUAUAGUCCGAAGCCAUGGACAAAAAGGUACUACGAUUGUUCCUGCAGAAAACUAAAUAAAUAUAAAAAAAAUCAA